CCUGAUUAAAUCUGUAUAUUUGGUGCUGCAUUAUUCUGACACUAACGGCGUAGGCGGGUUAUUACAUAAAAUACAAAUCAGCAAAGAUGGAAAAGUUAUCACUAAAUCCACAGAAGAUAAGCCUGAACCCCCUGCAAGGAAGUUGUUUGAUGAAACAGAAAUAUCAUGGGUUCCUUUAGUGUUCUGUGAGAGAAUUGCCUCCAAGUUAUACAUACUUGCAGGUGAACGAUACAGAGCAGCAGAAGCCGGGGCAAGUAGCAUAUAUUUUUGAUCCAAAGGCAUCUGGAGACUUGGUUAAAUUCAAUCGGCCUUAUAUAUUCGCGACAUUUCCAAAUAUUAUUGCAGCGCAUGGCAGGCUUUAUCAUCUGGCAACUUUGUUAGCCCACAAACCGUGUGUGCCCAUGCCCUUUGAGCUAUAUGAUCCCACCACCAACUCUUGGGAUCCUUUAACUCCUGUACCUCAUUUUGCAUUCAUCCCACAAUCUUCACUACCUCGCAGGGAGUUGAUUGGUUAUGCUGUUUGGGGCAGCUGUAUUUUGCUUUCAUUAUGGUACCCUUCCAUGAAGUUCAAACCAGCACAUUUCGUACCAGUAGUUUUCAAUGCAGAAUCGGAAACAUGGCAUCAAGUCAAUUUCGAUCAAAAACAACGGAUACAACGUUUUCCUUUCUUUGGGAAGGCUGCUGUUGUAGGGGACACUAUAUAUGCCUUUGGUGAUAAAAAGGGAAAGUUUAUAUCAUUCUCUAUUAAGAAGUCUGGUUCAGAGGAGGAUGGUACUCUUAUUUACUCUCUAACAACACCUUACGAGUUGGAAGGCUUGAAGAUUAUUCAAAGUGCGAAAUAUAGGUAUUAUUCUAGCAUAACAGAGUGUUGGGCUCCUUUGGGUGACUUGGAGUUCUGUUUAGUCCAGACUAAGAGCUAUGGGGCUAAUAGGUAUCAACCUCUUUUUAUCACCACGUUCAAAAUCAUCCAUAAAGAAGGGCGGAAGAGCCAUAUUGAGACCAUACAUUCUACUCUCCAGUUUGUGAGCACUAAAGGUUAUGGUCAAUUCUGGAUUACAUUUGGCUACUGUCCAGAUUAUGAACCCAAAGAAGCCAUGUUAACUACGACAAAGGACAUCCAAAAAGAGAGAGACAGGAUAAAGGACAGCUCUCAGGUGGUUGACUGUGACAUUCUGUAA